UUUUACAUGACACACAAACACAUGAUGUGAUGUGAUGUGAUGUGUUAUUUAUAAAAGAUUUGCAAAACAUACCAUAUGGAAUUGAAAACAUUUUGACAAACAAAUAAAAAAUUGAAAUCAAAAACAAAAAAUGUCCGAUAUGCUAAUGGAAGAAGAGGAUGGAUAUCUGUAUGAUGAAGAUAAAAUGGGAAUGCGUGUAUCAUCGGGUUUGGUGAAAAUCAAAAAAGAUGAUGGUAAUCUAAUUGGUAUCAGUAUCGGUGGUGGUGCACCAAAUUGUCCAUGUCUUUAUGUUGUACAGGUGUUCGAAAAUACACCAGCCGCUAAAGAUGGUACAUUAGAAGCUGGUGAUGAAAUCAUUAGUGUUGAUGGAAAAUGUGUAAAAGGAAGUACCAAAGUUGAAGUUGCACGUAUGAUACAAUCGAUAAAAGACGAAGUGACCAUUGGUUAUAAUAAACUUCAUGCUGAUCCAAAACAAGGAAAAACAUUGGAUAUAAUAUUGAAAAAAUUGAAACAUAAAAUGGUUGAUAAUAUGGAUUCUGCUACAGCUGAUGCACUUGGAUUAAGUCGUGCUAUUCUAUGCAAUGAUAGCCUAGUAAAAAAACUUCAAGAACUUGAUCGAAAUGAAUUCAUAUUCAAAGGUUUAAUAACGCACAUGAAUUAUGUGAUACGUAGCUAUAUGGAUAUUGUAUCCACUUAUAAAGAUUUUGGUGAUGUAUUCAAUGAAAUUGGUGCACAUGAACCACAAACUGAUGCUAGUCUUGCAUUCACUAAUUUUGGUAAUGUUCAUCGUUCAUUUGAAAAAGAAGGAACAAAAAUGCUUAAAGAUUUAAAACCAAUAUUGAGCGAUUUGAAUACUUAUCUAAACAAAGCAAUACCGGAUACACAAUUAACGAUUAAAAAAUAUGCUGAUGCCAAAUUUGAAUAUCUGUCAUAUUGUUUAAAAGUCAAAGAAAUGGAUGAUGAAGAAUAUACAUAUCAAGCAUUACAAGAACCAUUUUAUCGUGUUGAAACUGGUAAUUAUGAAUAUCGUCUUAUUCUCCGUUGUCGACAAGAAGCACGAAAACGUUUUGCAGCAUUACGAUCGGAUGUACUAGUGAAAUUGGAAUUAUUGGAUCAAAAACAUGUACAUAAUAUUGCAACACAUAUAACAAAAUUCAUAUCAUCAUUAAGUUCAUUCAUUAGUAAUUGUCAUCAACAUCUGGAAGUGAAUUGUUUUGUUCCAUUCGAAUUGGAUCUAUCGAAAAGUUGUCUAUUACAAACGUCAUUAUUGCCUAAUACUAAUUAUGGUCAAGUUGUGGAAUAUCAUGAUGAUGAAGAUAAUGAUAUUGGUAACAAUAAUAAUAAUUACAAAAAUAAUCAAGAUGAUGACAAUGAUGAUGACAAUGAAAUUGAACCAAGUGAAGAGGCUAUUUUACUUGAUAAAAAAAAUGGUUCCCAUAAUCAUCAUCAAAAUCGUCAACAAGAGAAAAAUUUUAAAGACAAUGACGUAAUGGAAAAAAGUGAAAUGCAAAAUUUAAUUGAAAUUUUUGGCGAUGAAAAAAAUCAAAUUGAUGAUAAUAAACAAAAUGAUGAUGAAAAACAAGAGAGAAUGAUAACGAUGAUUUUUUACUUUACUGAAAUUGAAUACCAAUGCAUUACCCGUUUAAAAUCAAUCAAGAAAAUAUUGAAAAUUUCCACUAUAAAAUUGGAUUAAAACUAUCAAUCGAUUGCAUUAUGAAAAUCUUUUUUUAAUGUUUGUGUGUGUGUGUGUAAAUGAUGUCAGAUAUUUUUUUACCUGAAAUCUAUGAUCAAUAUUGGCGAUUAUCAAUUUGAUAUGCAUCUAAAAUGCAAUGAAGAUGUCAAUUUUUUUUUUUGAUUGAUUGAUUGAUUAUAUUAUUUAAUUUAUCGAAAAUCCUAUUUGAUACGUUUGGGAUUAUUGUUCUUUGCAAUUUCUUAAUACCAACGGGCACUUGACAACGUAACUAUUUUUAAAAAUCAGAUAUGAUUUCAUGUGAUUUGUGCCUCCUCACUACUUCAUCCUAGUUAGCCAUGACAUUGACUAUAAGAAUAAGAAACAUUGAAAAUCAUUGUGAUACUUUGGAUUUGAUCAUCGUGUAUUGAUUUUUUUUUUUUUUUUUAAAAGAAAUAAUGAAAAUGAAAACGACAUUUGCAUUGUUUUGUAUAUGCUUCUGUAUUGGCUU